CGAAAGCAGCUGGCACGCCUCCUCAUUGGCCCUUAUAUAAUAUGGGGUUUCACAGGGUGCUGAUGUAGAACUCAAGGCAUUCUUGAGACAGACUCACAUUGCUUGUCCUGUUGCUGGUGCUCUUUUCCCUGCUGGGUUAGGGCUGCUCUUGGAGGGGUGACCUGUGGGGUGAAUUUUGGAAGGUGUGCAGGAUGGCUCCAGCUGAGACAGGGGAUGAGCUUGUUUUCUUUGUGAAUGGCAAAAAGGUGGUGGAAAAAGAUGUGGACCCAGAAACAACUCUGCUGACCUAUCUUAGAAGAAAACUGGGCCUAUGUGGAACCAAACUGGGCUGUGGGGAAGGUGGAUGUGGCGCUUGCACUGUUAUGAUAUCCAAGUAUGAUCCCUUCCAGAAGAAAAUCCUCCACCAUACUGCCAAUGCUUGCCUCUUCCCUAUCUGUGCUCUGCAUCAUGUAGCUGUAACUACCGUCGAAGGCAUAGGAAACACAAAGUCCAGGUUGCAUCCAGCCCAGGAGAGAAUUGCAAAAAGUCAUGGGUCCCAAUGUGGCUUCUGCACUCCAGGCAUUGUUAUGUCCAUGUACACUUUGCUUCGAAACAAACCCAAACCCAAAAUGGAGGACAUAGAAGACGCUUUCCAAGGGAACUUGUGUCGGUGUACAGGAUACAGACCCAUUCUGGAGGGAUACAGGACUUUUGCUGUAGACUCGAACUGCUGUGGCAGAGUAGCCAAUGGCACUGGAUGCUGUCUUAGUAAAGGAGAAAACAGCAUGAAUGGGGGUUGCUGUGGAGGAAAAGCCAAUGGCCCAGGCUGCUGCAUGAAUGAAAAAGAGAACGUGACAAUGAUGUCCUCCAGCCUGUUUGAUUCUUCCGAGUUCCAGCCACUGGACCCGACGCAGGAACCAAUCUUCCCACCAGAGUUAAUGACUCAGAGAAACAAGGAGCAGAAGCAGGUGUGUUUCAAAGGCGAACGCGUGAUGUGGAUUCAGCCUGCAACUCUCCAGGAGCUGGUGGCGCUCAAAUCCCAAUAUCCCAAUGCCAAGCUUGUUGUAGGGAACACAGAAGUGGGUAUUGAGAUGAGGUUAAAGAACAUGUUGUAUCCAGUGAUACUAGCACCAGCAUGGAUCCCUGAAAUGAAUACUGUUCAGCGCACUGAAACGGGGAUCACCUUUGGUGCUGCCUGUACUUUAAGCUCAGUAGAAGAGGUGCUGAGAAAAGCGGUGGCAGAGCUUCCCUCUUACAAAACUGAGAUUUUCCAGGCUGCCCUCGAACAGCUGCGGUGGUUUGCAGGGCCACAGAUCAGGAACGUUGCAGCUCUUGGUGGGAACAUAAUGACUGCAAGCCCAAUCUCUGACUUAAAUCCUGUGCUAAUGGCAAGUGGAAGUAAACUGACUCUGAUAUCAGUGGAGGGCAAGAGGACUGUCACGAUGGAUGAGAAGUUUUUCACUGGAUACAGAAAAACUAUAGUUAAGCCUGAGGAAGUACUACUCUCUGUUGAGAUACCCUACAGCAAGGAGGGUGAAUACUUCUCAGCUUUCAAGCAGGCUUACCGUAGGGAGGAUGACAUUGCUAUUGUGACUUGUGGAAUGAGAGUACUGUUCCAACAUGGCACCAGCCGAGUGCAGGAGGUCAAACUAAGCUAUGGCGGAAUGGCUCCUACAACCAUCCUGGCGCUAAAAACUUGCCAAGAGCUCACUGGCAGAGACUGGAAUGAGAAGCUGCUGCAGGAUGCCUGCCGCUUGCUGGCAGGUGAGAUGGACCUGUCUCCUUCUGCACCUGGUGGGAUGGUGGAAUUCCGACGCACGCUCACACUCAGCUUCUUCUUCAAAUUCUAUCUGACCGUCCUUCAGAAGCUGAGCAAGCAACAGAAUGGCCCUAACAAUGUGUGUGAACCUAUCCCCCCAAACUACAUCAGUGCUACGGAGCUGUUUCACAAAGAUCCCAUUGCAAGCACCCAGCUCUUCCAAGAAGUGCCCAGGGGGCAGUUAGUGGAAGAUACGGUGGGCCGGCCUUUGGUGCACGUUUCAGCAGCAAAACAAGCGUGCGGGGAAGCUGUUUACUGUGAUGACAUCCCACACUAUGAGAAUGAGCUGUAUCUCACACUGGUGACCAGCACCAAAGCCCAUGCUAAAAUCCUUUCUGUAGAUGCAUCUGAAGCCCAGAGUGUCCCUGGGUUUGUGUGUUUUGUCUCUGCUAAGGAUGUUCCUGGCAGUAACAUCACUGGCAUCGCGAAUGAUGAGACUGUCUUUGCUGAGGAUGUGGUCACCUGUGUUGGUCACAUCAUUGGUGCAGUCAUUGCAGACACACAGGAACAUUCCAGGAGAGCUGCUAAAGCUGUGAAGAUUAAAUACGAGGAGCUCAAACCUAUAGUCACAAUUCAGGAAGCUAUUGAGAAACAAUCCUUCAUUAAACCCAUAAAGAGGAUUAAAAAGGGAGAUGUGAAGAAAGGAUUUGAAGAGUCUGAUCACAUUUUGGAAGGAGAGAUGUACCUUGGUGGACAGGAGCAUUUCUAUCUGGAAACUCACUGUACUUUGGCUGUGCCCAAGGGGGAAGAUGGUGAGAUGGAACUCUUUGUGUCAACCCAAAACUUAACCAAGACACAGGAGUUUACUGCUACUGCACUGGGAGUCCCAUCUAAUCGCAUUGUGGUCCGAGUGAAAAGAAUGGGUGGAGGAUUUGGAGGAAAAGAGACUAGAAAUACUAUCCUGACCACUGUAGUGGCUGUGGCAGCCUUCAAAACUGGCCGACCCGUAAGGUGCAUGUUGGAUCGAGAUGAGGACAUGCUGAUAAGUGGUGGGAGACAUCCUUUCCUGGGGAGGUACAAGGUUGGUUUCAUGAAGAAUGGGAAAGUCAAGAGUUUGGAAGUGUCAUACUACUGCAAUGGGGGCAACUCUACAGACCUCUCUCACGGGGUUAUGGAUAGAGCCCUGUUGCAUCUGGAUAACUCCUACAACAUCCCCAAUGUCAGCAGCGUGGGCUUUAUAUGCAAGACCAACUUGUCUUCCAACACAGCCUUCCGAGGCUUUGGAGGUCCCCAAGGGAUGAUGAUUGCUGAGUGCUGGAUGAGUGACCUUGCUCGGAAGUGUGGCCUACCACCUGAGGAGGUACGGAAGAUCAACCUGUAUCAUGAAGGAGACCUGACUCAUUUUAACCAAAAACUGGAAGGGUUUACUCUACGGCGAUGCUGGGAUGAGUGUUUGUCAAGCUCUAACUAUCAUGCCAGGAAGAAGCUAAUUGAAGAAUUCAACAAACAGAAUCGCUGGAAGAAAAGAGGGAUGUGUAUUAUUCCUACCAAAUUUGGCAUCAGCUUUACUGUCCCGUUUCUGAAUCAGGCUGGAGCUCUGGUCCAUGUAUAUACAGAUGGCUCUGUGUUACUUACACAUGGUGGGACUGAGAUGGGUCAAGGGCUUCACACCAAAAUGAUCCAGGUUGCUAGCAGGUCACUGGGAAUCCCUACCUCCAAAAUUUACAUCAGUGAGACCAGCACAAACACAGUCCCUAACACCUCCCCAACAGCUGCAUCUGUCAGUGCCGACAUCAACGGGAUGGCUGUCCAUAAUGCAUGUCAGACCAUCUUAAAAAGACUUGAGCCAAUCAAACAGUCUAAUCCCAAGGGGUCCUGGGAAGACUGGAUUAAAACCGCCUAUGAGAACUGCAUUAGUCUGUCAGCCACAGGAUUUUAUAGGAUUCCUGACGUUGGCUACAAUUUUGAAACGAACAAAGGGAAGCCAUUCCAUUACUUCAGUUAUGGUGUUGCUUGCUCCGAGGUUGAGAUAGAUUGCCUGACAGGUGACCACAAGAACAUCCGCACAGACAUCGUUAUGGACGUUGGCACCAGUCUGAACCCAGCCAUAGAUAUAGGGCAGAUAGAAGGAGCGUUUGUCCAAGGCAUUGGGCUCUUCACCAUGGAGGAGCUGCGCUACUCACCUGAAGGGAACUUGUACACUCGAGGGCCUGGGAUGUACAAAAUCCCAGCAUUCGGAGACAUCCCAACUGAAUUCUACGUGUCUCUUCUCCGUGACUGCCCCAACAGCAAGGCAAUUUAUUCAUCUAAGGCUGUGGGAGAGCCCCCUCUGUUCCUGUCUGCUUCAGUUUUUUAUGCCAUUAAAGAUGCUAUCUACUCAGCAAGGGAGGACUCUGGUGUGACGGAACCAUUCAGGCUGGACAGCCCUGCCACCCCAGAGAGGAUCCGCAAUGCCUGUGUGGACACCUUCACAAAAAUGUGCCCUUCUGCUGAGCCAGGGACCUUUAAGCCAUGGUCUGUGCGUGUGUAAAAGGAAAGUUGGAGGAGCAAACUCUCCUCGUGAAACUAGUCUUACAAUGGAGGGACCACAAAGCACUGGGACUGUAAUGGAAACAAAAAUCCAUGUUCACGUGACUCAUCUACUAUGAUUCAUAGAAUUUUCACUUUUAAUUGCUCAACCACUGUUUCCUCUUAGAGAGGAGAUUGCUGCCAGAUUAUAGCUGUGAUGCAGAUUUGAAUGAAGAGUAAAGUGGAAGGUGAUGUUUUCCAGGUGUAGUUGAAAACUACAUUAUAUUUCACUUAGAAUUGUUGCACAGAUGAGAGACACUCUUAGUGCCAGACCACAUGAAGUAGCAUGGUUAUUGUUUUGGGGGUUGCUUGUUUGUUUUAAAUUGUGGAAAGCGAGUUAUCACCUUGUCACUUUCUGCUGUUAUGCCAAGGACCUAAAAGCACUGAACCCAGGCAAACUGUGCUCUAAUGGAGAUGGGAAAAGGCAUGAGGGGCACUGAAGGCUGGACCCUACAGCACAACCGCUUGAUACACGCCAGAGGAACAUAAGGAAGAACACUGAUGUUUGCUUACUGCAAUGAAGGUCGUGUGUAUAUUAUGGUGGUUCAGAGGGAGACCUUAAAAUGUGACCAAAGUUACAUGAGGAUUGCUUUGUCUAUGACAAAGCUUUAAUGAAAUCUUAGUUCAUAUGCUACUAGUCUUGCUUGACUAAAAAUCAAAACUCAAGCUGCCAAGACUUCUAGCAAGAGGUUGAUUCAUUUGGCACGUUCAGCCUGUUUCCUCCAUAUCCCUUCCUCAUCUCUUAAACAGCAGAGGACAUCAGAGAAAGGACCUUGGAGUCAUAAAAUGGGACUGAUCAUUGUUCCCAUGGGAAUUUUUUUACCAGCCAGGGUGAGGGUGUGGACAAAGCUGAGGGAUGAGUUGGCUCUGGGCAUUCUUUAGGGUCCGUCUUACUUUCAUGCCACAGCCUUGCCACCUUUACAAGACAACCCUUAGUUUUGCUGAAUGCAAAGAAAUGUUUUAUGUUUUGCAAAAAGGUUUGCUUGUCCAAAAAAAAAGGUGCUGAUUAUGUGAUGAAUUCAACUAUGCACGUUUUGGGAUGAAUGCAUUUUUUGGUAUGGGAUUUAAAGGUGGGUGUACUUCCAUGCAGUUUUUGUCAUCGUCAGAUUUAACACAGCAGUGUGCUUUCUCUAGAUGAUGCCAUGUACUGUACCUCCUCAUGUGCAAACUUUCUCUGGCCCACAGCUCUGUGAAAAUGUCCUUUUCCAAUGUUAGCACUCCUAGGGCCAUCAAUAAACAUUGUGCAAGAGAAUGCAA